AUGCAGUGGUACUUCGUCGCUGCGCUCCUCACCGUUCUCACCAGUUCUCAGGGAAUACUCACAACCCUCUCGCAAAGUAACGGAGAGUACAAGUAUGAUUAUGCCACAGUCCCAUUUCUCGCCGAGGUUUUCAAGCUUGCGGUGUCAAGUUUGUUAUUGUGGAGGGAAUGCCAAAAGUCACCUCUGCCAAAGAUGACGACAGAGUGGAAAACGGUUGCCCUGUUCCCGAUUCCCUCAGUUAUAUAUCUCAUCCACAAUAAUGUGCAGUUUGCUACACUCACUUAUGUGGACACUUCCACCUAUCAGAUAAUGGGAAAUUUGAAGAUUGUUACGACUGGGGUACUAUUCAGGAUGUUCUUAGGUAGGAGGCUUUCUAACUUGCAGUGGAUGGCUAUUGUGUUAUUGGCUGUCGGGACAACCACUAGUCAGGUUAGGGGCUGUGGAGAGACUUCCUGUGACUCCCUUUUCUCAGCACCAAUUCAGGGCUACAUGUUAGGAGUUCUAUCUGCCUGUCUCUCAGCAUUAGCUGGAGUUUAUACCGAGUUCUUGAUGAAGAAAAACAAUGACAGCUUAUACUGGCAGAAUAUGCAGUUGUACACGUUUGGCACACUUUUCAAUAUGGCAAGACUACUUGUGGAUGAUUUCAGAGGUGGAUUUGAAAAUGGACCAUGGUGGCAACGUAUUUUCAAUGGGUACACUACCACUACCUGGAUGGUGGUAUUGAAUUUAGGGUCUACUGGUCUUUUGGUUUCAUGGUUAAUGAAACAUGCAGAUAAUAUUGUAAAGGUCUAUUCCACAUCAAUGGCGAUGUUGCUGACAAUGAUACUUUCACUAUUUCUCUUCAACUUCAAACCUACAUUGCAGCUUUUCUUGGGCAUUAUCAUUUGUAUGAUGUCUCUACACAUGUAUUUUGCCCCAACAAACAUGCUCUUGGAUAUGCCACAAACAGUUAAACCAGAUGAGGAGAAGCUCAUUGAAGUUUCUGUUGAUCGAAGAACACAUUCAUGA